AUGUCUAUACCCAAACAGAAUGGAACACAGCGGUCUAUAAGGUAUAUAAGGUAUAUCCCUUUGUUAUUCAUUGUCCCUUUGAUAUAUAAAUAUUAUACCUAUACAACAACAACAUCAUCAUCAUCAACAUCUAUUGAUACAACACCAAUACAAGUAUCUUAUAACUCAAUUAAUGAAUCUGAAUACAACAGACUAGGUCUAACUCCUACACCACCAAUAACAAUAACACAUACAAAUUCAAUAGGUCAAUUCCAAUCAUCAACAUAUCAUGGUAGAUUCUUACAUAUUACAGAUAUUCAUCCAGAUGAAUAUUAUAAAACUAAUGGAUUGAUAGAUGAAGCAUGUCAUAGAACUCAUACCAAGAAUGGUAAGACCAAAGGUGCUAAAGCAUCAAAAUAUGGUGAUGCUUUAUUAGGUUGUGAUUCACCAAUAAUCUUAAUGAAUGAAACUUUUAAUUGGAUUGAAAAAAACUUGAAAGAUAAAAUUGAUUUUAUUAUAUGGACUGGUGAUAAUAUUAGACAUGAUAAUGAUAGAAAAAUCCCAAGAACUGAAACCCAAAUAUUCGAUAUGAAUCGUAAAGUAUCCCAAAAAUUCAUUAAACAUUUUGCGAACCAUGAUUCCCAAGAUCCAAGAGAUUUUCGAAUCCCUGUUAUACCAAGUUUAGGUAAUAAUGAUGUUUUCCCACAUAAUUUAUUUUCACCAGGUCCUACGUUACAAACUAGGGAGCUUUGGAACAUUUGGUCAAAUUUUAUACCACAAGAUCAAUUACAUGUUUUUGAAAGAGGUGCUUAUUUUUUCCAAGAAGUUAUCCCAGGAAAAUUAGCCAUCUUAUCAAUAAACACCCUUUACUUGUUUAAAUCUAACCCAUUAGUGGAUAAUUGUGAUAAUAAAAAAGAUCCAGGUUAUAAAUUAUUUCAAUGGUUAGGUGUUGUUUUACAAGAAUUAAGAGAAAGAAAAAUGAAAGUUUGGUUAAGUGGUCAUGUCCCUCCCGUCCCAAAGAAUUAUGAUUUAACUUGUUUUAGAAAAUAUUCAAUUUGGUUAUAUGAAUAUAGAGAUAUUAUUAUUGGUGGUGUUUAUGGUCAUAUGAAUUUAGAUCAUUUUAUCCCAAUAGAUUCUAAAAAAGCUUAUGAUUCAUAUAACUUGAAUACAAAAGACCAUGAAGACGAAUCAUUAUCAUUGGAAGAACAAUAUCAUGAAUUUGGGAUUGAUUUAUCAGAUCCAUUCUUAUCAUCACCACAUAUCCAAGGUGGUGCCCCAUCAGGAAAAGAAGAAUAUAUGGAAUCUGUUCGUAAAUCUUUUUAUAAAAAUGUUGUUAAACCUUCCAAACAAGGUGAUCAUGGUGAACGUUAUUCUAUUGUUAAUGUUGCAGCUAGUGUUAUUCCAACUUUUAACCCGGGACUCAGGGUUUGGGAAUAUAAUAUUACAGGGUUAGAAGAUGGGUAUGGAGCAAAACCAUGGGAUUUAUUUUUCCAGGAUUUAGAAACUCAGAUGAAGAACCAAGAUGAAGAUUCUUUUUCAUUUGAUGAUGAUCAAGAAUUUGAUGAAAACUUGGAGACUGAAGGAAAGAAAAAAAAGGGUAAAAAGGGUAAAAAACCAAAAAAACCUGAUAGUUCAUUACCAUCACCAAAACCUGAUUCAGAACCUUUAGGACCAGGUUAUACACCACAAACUUUUUCUCCUACAAAAUUUAUUCAAUAUUAUGUUAACUUAACAGCUGUUAAUUUAGGUGAUCAAGAAUUUAAUUAUGAAUUAGAAUAUAAAUCUGAUAAAGAACCUUAUAAUAUGCCGGGGUUAUUAGUUAAAGAUUAUUUAAAAUUAGCUAGAGAUUUGGCAAAACCUUUGAAAAGGGGGAAUGAGGGUAAGAAAUUGGGGAAGUUUAAAAAAUUGUGGGAUAAGUAUUUAGAACAUGUUUUUGUUAGUACGGGGUAUCAUGAUUAA